GAUAUAUUAAUCAGUGGUGUUCUUUUCCUAGAUUCGUAAUCUGCUAUCUUUCACAGAGGCAUUGGUUUAUUUCAGUUGCUCCAAUUCAAAUGUUAGAAGAACUUUACACUAUGAGUAAAUCUUCAAAAUAUUCAAAUCAAGUACUUUUUUCAAGUGGUAAAGAAGAAUAUUUAUCAAGUUUUAAUAACUUUAUAUCUCAAAGAUUUGAUGAUUUUAAAAUUAUACUUCAAGAAGUUUCAUCAUUUAAUGAUAAUAAUAAUAAUAAUAAUGAAUUACAACUAUUUAAAAAUUUAAAAAUUGAUUCAAAUUUAUUAAUGAAAUAUACAGAUACUAUAAUUACUUUAAUUUCAGAGAAAAAACAAAAUUUAAUUGAUAAUGAUGAUAAUCAAUUUAAUGAUGAAGUCUUGGGAACCAUCAACUCUCAAAUUGUUUUCAUGGAUUAUCUUACACAUCUUUUCAAGCACAAACCUCCGUUAGCCUUCUCAACAAUUAACGGUCAUAGCUCUAUGUUGAAUCAGUUGUUGCUCCUUAGGAAUCAAACUGAUAUUGUUAAUGAUCCAUUCAUUACAAGAAUUAUAACUGGUAUUCACAAGUUACGUCCUUCAUCAGCAAAGUAUAAAGAGAUAUGGGAUGCAAAUCAAGUAUUCAAGCACUUAUCUACUAUCAAAGUCAUCCCCAAGUUCACAUACACUGCGCUAUUAAACAAGACACUUGUUCUCUAUGAUACAAACUCCCAAGUAUGUCCUGUUCGCCUCCUUGCAACAUACCUUAGAGCCUCUAAAGGAAGAAGAAAGCCCCAUUCGGGUGACUCUGUCUUUGUUAAGAAUGAGGGUGAACCUCUGGAAGUUAAUGAUAUUAAUUCAAUUGUAUUAUCAACACUCUCAAGCUCCGGUGACGAUGAUGUAGGUGACGAAGAGAGUCAGUUAGAGACUCUGUUAUACCUCACUACACCAACUGAGAUAGAUUUUAACUUAUUGGCGUUUGGGGCAAUUUCAGUAAUUGACGAUGGUGAAGGGGAUUGA